AGAUUUGGCCGAGAGAAGUCAACGAAAGCUGUCGGAGUCCAGGCCGGGUUUUCAAAAGCAUUAAGACGGAAGUAACGGCGGGCCGGAAGUUGCAGGGCCUGCACUGGGACCGAAGUGGGGAGGGGGGUAGGAGGAAGACUCGGGGUAGGAAUGGCGGCUCAAAUUCCAAUUGUGGCCACCACUUCCACUCCGGGGAUAGCCCGGAACAGCAAGAAGAGGCCGGCCAGUCCUUUCCACAACGGCAGCAGCGCCGGGGGCUAUACCGCCAGUAAGAAGAAAAAGGUGUCCGCCUCCGGCUUUGCGCAGGGUAUCAGCAUGGAAGGCGUGAGUGAGAAUAAAAUGGUGCCCUCUGAUUUUAGCACAGGACCUCUUGAAAAAGCUGCCAAACCUUUGCCAUUUAAGGAUCCCAACUUUGUGCACUCUGGCCAUGGUGGCGCAGCAGCUGGCAAGAAGAAUAGAACCUGGAAGAACCUGAAACAGAUUCUGGCUUCUGAAAGGGCAUUGCCAUGGCAACUGAACGAUCCUAACUACUUCAGUAUUGAUGCUCCUCCAUCCUUUAAACCAGCUAAGAAGUAUUCUGAUGUUUCAGGUCUUCUUGCCAGCUACACUGACCCCCAGAGCAAGCUGCGCUUCAGCACCAUCGAAGAGUUUUCCUACAUUCGGCGGCUGCCGUCCGACGUGGUCACGGGCUACCUGGCCCUGAGGAAGGCCACGAGCAUCGUCCCCUGAGCCCGGAGAGACGGAGCAUGAAGUGGAAAACUGUUUCAGAGGCAGACUCUGGACUCAACGUUUUGUUUUAUGGAAACGAACUCAUUCUGUCAAUCUGGAAAUGUCAGUGUUGGGCCUUGGAAAGAAUGUUUGGCUUUAACUUAAGGAGGUUUUUUUGUUUUCCCUCCAAGUGUGAUAUUUCCUGUUGAAUUAAAUUAUACUUCAGUUGUUGCCCCAAGUAAAGUUGUUUGACAAGAAAAUAUAAAAUUGUGCUUCUAAUUUAA